AUGUACCUGUUUCAUACAAGGGAAAACUAUAAAGUUUGCCAGGGAAAACAAUGGAGCUACCUAAGCAUUUGGGUAAUUUUAUGGCUGUUUCCAAGAACUUGUGUAUCAGAUCCUUCAAAACCCAAUGUUUUAUUGAUACUGGCUGAUGAUCUUGGUAUUGGAGAUGUGGGUUGUUAUGGCAAUGAUACUAUAAGGACCCCUAACAUUGAUGGCCUAGCAAAGGAUGGAGUGAGACUUACUCAGCACAUUGCUGCAGCUGCUGUCUGCACUCCAAGCAGAGCUGCUUUCCUGACUGGCAGAUACCCUAUCAGAUCAGGCAUGGCAUCCAGCACCCAAAGGCAGGUUCUCUUUUGGAAUGGGUGUUCUGGGGGACUCCCACCAAAUGAAACUACAUUUGCCAGAAUACUGCACCAGCAAGGUUAUUCUACAGCACUUGUAGGGAAGUGGCAUAUGGGUGUGAACUGCAAAACACGCCAUGAUCACUGCCACCAUCCUUUGAAUCAUGGAUUUGAUUAUUUUUAUGGCAUGCCUUUUACCCUUGUGAACGAGUGUCAAGGCACAGAUGACCCUGAACUGGCCAAGUCUUUGCAAGAUGCAUAUUGGUUUUACACACAGAUGAUCAUCCUUGCAGUGUUUACUCUUGUGAUUGGAAAACUUGUCAAUUUAUUCUCAGUCAAAUGGAAAAUAAUCAUAUUCUUCGCCAUUUGUGGUCUCCUGUAUUUCAUCUCCUGGUUCUCCAGCUAUGGUUUCACCAAGUAUUGGAACUGUAUCCUGAUGAGAAACCAUGAUAUCACUGAACAACCAAUGGAUCUAGAAAAAACUACUUCUAAUAUGCUGAAGGAGGCAAUUGCAUUCAUUGAAAGAAACAAGCAUAGACCUUUUCUUCUCUUUGUUUCCCUUUUACAUGUCCACACCCCUCUCAUUACUACAGCAAAGUUUCAGGGAAGAAGCAGGCAUGGGCUGUAUGGAGAUAAUGUAGAGGAGAUGGAUUGGAUGGUGGGCAGGCUUCUGGAUGCUAUUGACAAAGAAGGCUUGAAGAAUACCACAUUCAUUUAUUUUGCAUCUGAUCAUGGAGGAUUCUUAGAGGCUCACAGAGGAAAUGCUCAGUUAGGUGGAUGGAAUGGAAUCUAUAAAGGUGGAAAAGGAAUGGGAGGCUGGGAAGGAGGAAUCCGUGUCCCAGGAAUAGUUAGAUGGCCAGGAGUGUUGCCUGAGGGGAGAGUCAUCGAUGAACCCACAAGCCUCAUGGACAUUUACCCUACAGUAGUUGACCUGGCUGGAGGGGCAGUGCCUAAGGACAGGGUGAUCGAUGGGCACACCUUGCUGCCCCUGCUGCAGGGGACAGUCCAGCACUCUGGGCACGAGUUCAUGUUUCACUACUGCGGUGCGUUUCUGCAUGCAGUGCGGUGGCACCAGAAGGACAGUGGCUCAGAAUGGAGGAUGGCAUUUGUGUCACCACAGGUGCUUGGAUCUGAGCUGCUUGGUUUCUAG